AUGAGUAAGAAGGUAAAGCUUAGGGGUGGAUUUAAAAGCAAAAGAAAGAAGGGGGGACGGCUGUCGCUGCUAGAGAGAUAUGAAGCUGCUGUAGAGUUGCGGCAGCAGCAGCAGAAGCAGCAGAAGAAGCAGCAGCAGAAGAAGAAGAAGCAGGAGAAGCAGCAAAAAAAACUAGAGAAGAAGCGAGUGAAAGAACAUCUCAAGCAGCUGGAGCUGCAGCAGCAACAACAGCAGCAGCAGCAAAAGAAGCAGCGAAGAGAAGCAAUUGCAGCAAACAGACAAAAACCUCAAGCUAGACUGCAGCGGCUGCUGCAUGUCCUCUCUCCGACAGCAGCACGAGGUUCUGCUGCUGCUGCUGCUGCAGCAGCAUUUGUGCCUCCAUCUGCUGCAGCAAAGGGCCUGCUCAGCGACGAGAGUGAGGGAGAAGACAGCGACAGCAGCACAGCAGAAACAGAUGAUGAACAGCAGCAGCAACCUGCUGCUGCUGCUGCAGCAGCAACAGCAGCAGAAAGCGAGGAGGAAUACUUGUCUGCGCGGGGCGACGAGACCCCUGAAAGACUAACUACAGCAACAGCAGCAGAAGACGAAGAAGAAGAAGAAGAAGAAGCAGAAGAAGCAGCAACAGAGAGCAGCGAAGGCAGUGAAGAUGAAGAGUACGAGUCUGCUUCAGUAUCAUCAGAGCCUGAUGCUGCUGCUGCUGCUGCUCCUGCUGCUGCAGUUGAGGGGCAGAAGCAAUGUCGCUUUACUUUGGAGGCCUUUGGGCUCGCCACUGCUGCAGCACGCCUUGCAGCCACAGCAGCAGCAGCUGCUGCUGCUGCUGGUGAUGAUGAUGACAAUGAUAAUGCUCCUUCCGAGAAACAGGGACGAGCAGCAGCAGCAGCAGCUGCUGCUGCUGCUGCAGUGCCUCCAUUUGACUUCACAUGCACCUUCGAUGAGGAGCUUGACGAAGCUGCUGCUGCAGCACGUCGGCUGUUUGCUGCUGGGAGACGCAGCAACAGCAGCAGCAGCAGCAGCAGGGGCAAGCGCAAGGCUGGCGACAGCAGCAGCAGCAGCAGCAGCAGCAGCAGCAACGGCUUUUUGGAUGCAUGCGUAGAGAGUGUUGCGGGCACCGCUUUCUGCUCUGUUUCAGGGACCUACUUGCUGCAGCAGCAGCAGCAGCAGCAGCAACAGCAGCAGCAGCAGCAGCUGGAGGAGGUAGCUUUAUCUCUUCCUGAUUGCCUUCCGUUUACAACUCGGCUCUCUCGCGUAACCCCAAACCCUGCCCUUGCUAAUCCUGCUGCUGCACUCUGCAGCAGCAGCAGCAGCAGGAGCAGCAGCAGCAGCAAGACAUAUCUUGAGGGCGUGCUGCAGCGGGAGUGCCCCUCUGACCCUCUUGCGGUGUAUGGGCAGCUUGGGGGUUUCUAUGUCGAUAACUACGGCUCUCCAGUCUGCAUUGCUGCUGGCCUUAGAAAAGUAAUUAGCAGCAAAAUAUCUCCUCGAAGUGAAGCAGACUAUCCGCUGCUCAAACCCACCAGCAGCAGCACCUGCAGCAGCAGCAGUGACAGCAGCAGCAGUGACAGCAGCAGCAGCAGCAGCAGUGACAGCAGCAGCAGCAGCAGUGACAGCAGCAGCAGCAGCAGUGAAAGCAACAGCAGCAGCAGUGACAGCAGCAAGCAUGCAAACAACUGCAACGGCAAUUCCAGCAGCAGCAGCAGCAACAGCAGCAACAGCAGCAGCAGCAACAGCAGCAGCGGCAGCGAUUUGCCUGCUUGUGUAUUGCAGUUGUAUCAUUUGCUUCACAGCUACGCAGAUUGUCUGUUCCCUCAUCAAAAUAUAUUUGCUGCUUCUGUCGUCCGUGUUGCUGCUGCUGCGCAUGCACUCGCACAUUGCUUCAAGACAAGAAGCAGAACAGCAGCAGCAACGAAGCUAGCUGCUGCCCUGAGAGAUACCACUCAGCAGCAAAAGAUACAGCUGCUGAGAGAAGCAGCAGCAACAGGCUCCUUCGAAUGUAUACUGCAGCACAAAUACCGCAAGGAGCAGCAGCAGCAGGAAGGAGCAGCAGCACAAGAUGGAACUGCUGCUGCUGCUCCUGCUGCUGCAGCAGCAGCAGAAGCGAAAGGUGAUGGGGAAUGCGCCUCCAACCCAGCCACAGCAGCAUCACCAGCAGCAACAGCAGCAGCAGCAGCAGCAGCGGAGCAGCAAAGUGAUGCUGCACUUGAGAGCUGCAGCAAAAGAAGUAAUAGACGCCAUGCUGCAGAUGCUCCCCAAAGGCUUCCAGGCAAGCAGCAGCAACAGCAGCAACAGCAGCAGCAACAGCAGCAGCAGCAGCAGCAGCAGCAGCAGCAGGAAGGGCACUGCAUUGUGUUGAAUCAUAAGCGUUACUUAUCGGAGUUUGAUUUUUCUGCUGCAGCAAGCAGCGAGCAGCAGCAGCAGUUUAUAAAGGCGAGGCGGCCGCGUGAUUUUGUUCAGACAUUUGGAGGAGACAGCAGCGACAGCUUUAUCUGCGGCUUGCGUUUAUCUAAUGCUGCUCUGUCUCUUUGCUGCUCCUUGCAAGACAGCGAUAUUAUUGUUGCUUCCCCUCUUGCUCUCCGCACCAUCACAGGAGCAAAAGGCGAAGCAAACCGCGAGUAUGAUUUUUUGUCUUCACUGGAAAUUAUUAUAAUCGACAGAGCUGACAUCAUCGCUCUUCAAAACUGGCAGCUGCUCAAAGAGGUUCUAGAGAGGACGGCGGCGAGAGCGCAGAAUCAGCAGCAGCAGCAGCAGCAGCUACUGCUGCUGCAGCUCGAGAAGCAGCAGCAGCAGCAGCAACUGCUGCUGCUGCUGAAGAUGCUGCAACGCUUAAUGCUGCUACUGCAGCAGCAGCAGCAGGAAGACCUCGUGGGUUGGUUGCUGCUACACUCUGCUGCAGCAGAGCAGGAGUGCAGCAGCUCUUCUGCAGGGUUGAUUGCGACUCCUACGCUAAAGCACAAGGACAGCAGCAGCAACAGCAACAGCAGUAGCAACAGCAGCAGCAGCAGCAACAUCAGCAGCUUCAGCAACAGCAGCAGCAGCAACAGCAACAGAAACAGCAGCAACAGCAGCACCAGCAGCAGAAAUAGCAGCAUCAGCAGCAACAGCAGCAGCAGCAGCAGAAACAGCAGCAGCAGCAUCAGCAACAGCAUCAUCGGCAACAGCAGCAGCAGCAGCAACAGCAGCAACAGCAGCAGCAGCAGCAGCAGGUGUGUAUGUUUGUGUGCAGGCUUUACUUGA